UUGAAAGAGUUGCGUGGCGAGCAGGGUGGGAUGAAAAAAGAAGGUGAUGUAGCGGCUGCGCUGAAACUCUUUCUCGAUAAGAAGUACGGCCGACUUUGGCACGUGGUGCUGGUUCGUGGAUCAUUCUGGAUGAAUUAUUCACAUGAAAAGGAUGCCUCAUUACAGUUUCGCGAUGGGCCCUACAGCAUUUUAGUAUGGAAGACUUCAGAUCAGUAG